AAAAAUGUAACUGAAGUAAAGUGAUACUGAUGUGUAAAUAGUGUACAAUACAUUGCAGAAAUGUUGCAAGUUUUUUCAAUAAAAAAAGGGGGGGAAGUAAAAGAUGUCACGUUCGUCGUUUACUAGUUGAUUGAGUGAGAAAAGGAAACACACAACUUGAGGAGCAAAUGAGAGAACAUGUAGAGUUUCAGUCCUACUUUGUUUUGAAUACUACUGUACAAAGAUUUGUGGAGAUCAUCUGGUGGUUGUCAUUAUCGACUAAUGCAGUGGAAAAAUAAAACAAACUACAAUCUUGCAAAGUUCCAGCAAUCUCACAAUAUAUGUAAGGCAGCAUAAACAGCCAACAAUAACACAAAAUAAUCUUGUAAUGUUCCAGCAAUCUCACCCGAAAAUGGAAGGCCGAGAAGACAGGGACCAAAGUUGCCUCGAUCACCCACUAGCCGAAGUGGUGGUUGUCAUGGUACCCUUUCCGGCACAGGGCCAUCUCAACCAACUCCUCCACCUCUCUCACCUCGUAACCUCUUACGGAUUACCAGUACACUACGCAGGAUCCUCCACCCAUAACCGACAAGCCAAACUCCGCAUCCAUGGUUGGGACGCGGAAAGUUUGACCAAAAUCCAUUUCCAUGACCUUCAACUCCCGGCUUACAACUCCCUUCCUCCCAACCCGGACAACUCCAACCAUUUUCCUAGGCACCUGCAACCACUUUUCGAUGCUUCUGUACAUCUACGUCAACCUGUUUGCGAGCUCUUACAGCAACUUAAAAGCAAGUUUAGGAGAGUUGUUGUGAUUCAUGAUAGUUUGAUGGCUUCUGUGGUCCAAGACGUAAAAUCCGUCCCAAAUGCUGAAACCUACGCCUUCAUUUCUAUAUCAGCGUUUACUUUUUUCUUCAAUUCUUGGGAAAAAAUAGAGCAGAAACCUUUUUCCCUAGAUUCAGAUAAUCCGAAAUUUCUUCCCUCCAAUGACGGGUGCUUCACACCUGAGAUUUUUAACAUAAUGAUCUAUCAAAGAAAAAUGUUAGGAUUAGAGUCAGGAAGACUCUACAACACAUCUAAGGUGGUAGAAAGUAAAUACAUCCAACUUAUGGAGAAGCUAUCAACAAAUAAUAAGAUAAAGCACUUUGCAAUAGGACCUUUGAAUCCAGUGCAAAUGAAAAGCAAAAACGGAAAAAAUAGACAUAUAUGCCUGGAAUGGCUAGACAAACAGGAGACAGCUUCGGUGAUAUACGUCUCUUUUGGAUCGACAACAUCAAUGACAGAUGAGCAGAUUAUGGAGUUGGCAUUAGGAUUGGAAAGAAGCGGACAAAAGUUCCUAUGGGUGCUUAGAAGGGCAGACACUGGUGAUAUUUUUACAGGUGGUGAAGUUGGGAAGCCUCAGCUGCCUGAAGGGUAUGAAGAUAGUGUGAAAGACAGAGGAAUUGUAGUAAAAGACUGGGCACCCCAGCUAGAGAUUUUAGCACAUCCGUCAACAGGUGGGUUCAUGAGUCAUUGUGGGUGGAACUCAUCCAUGGAGUGCAUCAGCAUGGGAGUGCCAGUCGCGGCAUGGCCUAUGCAUUCCGACCAACCAAGGAAUGCCUUUUUGAUGACAGAUGUUCUAAGAAUAGGUAUACUGGUGAGGGAUUGGACACGCCGUGCUGAGCUGGUGCCAUUCAGUACUAUAGCCAACGUGUUGAGAACAUUGAUGGCAUCAAAGGAAGGAGAGGAAAUGCGGAAAAGGGCAGCAGAACUAGGUGAUGCUGUUCGAGCAUCAGUUGCUAAAGAUGGUGCUUCUCGGUUAGAAAUGGACUCCUUCAUAUCCCAUAUCACAAGAUGAGUGUCAUUAACUGAUUUGUUCACUCCAGGAUUCUCAAUUACAGAGGAUCUUUUCAUAGUUUUACUGCAGCACUUAGUCGAUUGGGCUGUCUCUAUGAGAUAAUUGUGCAUUUGUGCCAUGUCUUCCUAAAUUUCAUUUUUCAGAAAUUCACCAGAUUUGCAAAUGUUUACUGUUGUAACUUGUAAGCAAUCAAACAGACUUUGUUAAGUCUGUUCAUCAUAUCUAGUCCUAUCUCUUUUAUGUCUGA